AUCGAGCUCUCCACACAAGCUCAGGCAGCUCAACGUACUCUUUGGCUAGCCAGCUGCUUAAGCUUAUUAGCUGCACUGAUCGGCAGCAAAAUCAAUUAACAAACAAUGCAAGGCCUGAUCAUGUCAUCUUCCUCCAAGACCAUCAUUCUGGCGACGUUCUUCCUCCUGCUCCUCGCCUUAUCGUCCGCCAUCGGCGCCGACGCCCACGCCGCAGGCCGGAACAAAAGGCGGCUGGUCUCCAGCGACUCCGAAGACGAGCCGUGCAAGAAGAUGACGCUCUACUACCACGACAUCCUCUACGAGGCCGUGCCCAGCAACGAGACGGCGAACGCGACAUCGUCGGCGGCGACUCUGCCGACGGCGAUGAGCAACGCGACCUACUUCGGCAUGCUGGUGGUGUUCGACGACCCGGUGACCGAAAGCAAGGCGCUGCCGGUCGUUGCCGAGGACGUGGCGGCGCGGGCGCAGGGGUUCUACUUCUACAACGGGAAGGCCAAGUUCAACGCGUGGUUCGCCAUGUCGCUGGUGUUUAAUUCGACUGGGUGCCGGGGCACGCUGAACCUCAUGGGCGCCGAUCUCAUGGACCAGAAGACGAGGGAUAUAUCUGUUGUUGGUGGCACGGGGGACUUCUUCAUGGCACUCGGGGUGGCCACGCUGCGGACGGAUGCUACUGAGGGGUUCUUCUAUUUCCGGCUGCAGAUGGACAUCAAGCUCUACCAGUGCUACCUCUGAUGAUUAGUCGAUGAUUGUUGGUUGCUGUAAAAGUAAAUUAAGGUAGUGUCAUUGUUGAUGCAUGUAUGCACGCAGGUGUUUUGGAGCAAAUAGUACGUAUAUGUACUGUACGUAGCAUGGCGAGCCAAAUUUAAUAAAGAGUUUGUUGCCGUUGUCGUA